AACCACCCACAUCCUUGCAACACUAAUUGAUCUAAAUAGAUUUCGUCCCUAAAUUAGCCGUAUAGAUUACCCUGAUUAGCUGCCUUGUUGUUCAAUAUCCGGCGCUGUAGUCAUGACGACGGCGUCAGGCAGGCAAUGUCGUCCUGAUAUUCUCCUCAAGUUAUAGCAUAAAAUAAGUGACUUUUUGAGGCUGGUGUGGGAAUUAAUCAAUCGAACUCACUGCCGCAGCCAUGCCGGGUCCAGCUGUGACUUUACAGAGCUUACGCGCCGCCAGCGUUGCCAGGGACAUGGCGGAGAAAAGAGCUGACGUCAGACGGAAGAGCCUCCUGAUUCUGGUUCAUCACUAUCUCCAAAAAGAAGGUUUCACCGCGAGCGCCCAGCAGCUCAUCGGAGAGUCACGCUUGAGUGCUGAGAACUUCAGCGUGUGUGAAGACAGCGACCUGGACUCAGUGCUAAGCCUGUAUGAGAGGUGGUAUUGUGAUAAGUUUGAAAGAUAUCCGCGGUUUGCCAAGCGCGCUACCGAAAAGGUGGGAGAUUCGGGGGUGCAAACUCCCCCCAACUCCGUGGGUAGAAAACCUCCCCCAGACCUCACGGAACACAACAGGGUUGGGGGUGAUGUCAGCAAACGCUCCUUUCCCCGAAAAGGCGCAAGCUUUAAUCGCUACAGCAGCGACCCUAACUUAUCGAACAUCGGCAAAACCUUACCAGAUCGUAAAAGGUCGAGAGGUAGUCCCGAUAUCAAGACGCUCGACCACGUACUAGACAACAGACGCAAACACAACUUUAUCAGAAAACCUUUGGUUGGACGACGAUCGCCCGGUGACGAAAAGCGUGACCGCACCAAGUCGUCCUCCGACAGCGACAGCGAUAAAGGCAACCGCAGCGCACCAGGCAGCGGCAACCGCAGCAACAUCAGUCCAUUCCAGCCACUCACUCCCGCCAAAAUGGGUCACCAAAUCCUCGACCUGAAGAGCAUGAUCAGGGACUACACUCGCUUGGAAGACAACAUCGGCGACAUCGGCCGUGGCAAGAAGCCCGGCGCAGACGCAACGAAGAAGGCAACCGAAGCGUCGCAGAAUGGCGAAGAAAAUGGAGAAGAUCUUCUAGACGAGAGAGUGGUGAAAGGCCCGGGAUCUGAGAUCCCUCCAAGUCUGACAGGGGACUUGAAAGAUCUUGCUAUGUCGAUCCUUAGGGAAGUGGUGGUUGAGAACCCUGCAGUGAGCUGGGGAGAUGUCUUGGGUGUAGAAGAUGCUAAGAAACUUCUGAAGGAGGCUGUAGUUUACCCACUGAAAUAUCCUCAGUUGUUCGUAGGGCGCUUCAAGCCGUGGCGGGGGGUGCUGUUGUACGGACCUCCGGGCACUGGGAAAACACUGCUGGCAAAGGCCGUGGCGACAGAAUGCAAGACUACAUUUUUCAACAUCUCAGCAACAACAUUAGUGUCAAAAUGGCGGGGCGACUCAGAGAAGCUUGUCAGGGUGCUGUUCGAGAUGGCCCGCCACCACGCGCCCAGCACGAUAUUCGUGGACGAGCUGGACGCUCUGAUGGGCAGCAGAGCUGGCGACCAGGAGCACGAAGCAUCCAGACGCAUGAAGACCCAGCUGCUGGUCGAGCUGGACGGCCUGACCGCUACCAACGAACACGUCUUCCUUCUGGCAGCUUCUAAUAUUCCUUGGGAGCUGGAUCCAGCUAUGCUGCGUCGCUUGGAGAAAAGAAUCCUCGUGCCGCUGCCCUCAGCAGAAGCGAGAUCCGCCAUGUUCAUGCACCAUCUACCACCUGACCUGCUGGACCUGGCCGAGGCCGGACACACUGUCAGCACCCACCUAGACUACAACCACCUGGCCCAGAUGAGCGAAGGCUACAGUGGCUCGGAUCUGAAGAUCGUCUGCAGAGAGGCUGCUAUGAUGUCACUAAGAAAGAUUUUCAAAGUAUUAGAGGAUCGAUCAGUUGACGACGACGACCUGCCGGAGCUACAGCUCGAAGACAUCACCAUGAGGGACGUCGAGACGGCGCUGGCGCGGACCAAACCCGCGCAGCAAGACUCCCAGCAGUACAUCGAGUGGCAUGAGAAGUUCGGCUCCGUGUAGACUGUAGAACUUUCGCAAUACAACUAUUCAUUACUUUUUUUGAUAAUUUUUUGAUAAUAUUUUGGCUGAUGUCACCGAUAGAAUAACGCUGGUUUAAUAUAAAAAAUAUCUUUCCGUACCUUUUAAUUAAACGUUCGGCUAUGAGCAAAACUUCAACAAACUCAGCUCAAGCAAAUGUUCAAGAUUUUAGAACAAUACUACGGAUUGCAUUGCUAGGCUAUGAUGCUCUGUUGCGGAUCUGUGACUGGCUGGAAAAUUUUUGUUCAUUUAAAAUAUCGACUUUGCUAAUAAUUCUUGAUGUGCGACCGCAGACAUUCUGGCUCUAGUUGUCGGGUCGGGAGUUUUCCAAAUAUGAACAAAAUUAGGUAUGCUCAUUGGACAAGAAAGUAACCCUCAUCGCUAAUGAAAAAAUGUAAACUAGAAUCGAGAACAAACACCAAAUCACAUAUUCAACAGUUUGCAGCUUAACAUAUCAAUAUACUGUAUUUCAGCGUCGUAUCGUGUGCUUGAAUAUUUCACCAAACACAUCCGAGUAUAACCAAUUCACUUGAAAUCCAAUGGAGUAGUCGGUCUCACUUCGGAUUGUUGACAACUGCAUAACGUAUUACAGUAAGUUUUGUUAAAGCUGUUCGACGUGUUCGUGCUAGUCCGUUUAGUGAAAAGUUCAAGAAAAUAUGUACAUUGGCAUUUCCCAAGAGUUUUAAGGGGACCGGCUACCCUCCAGAAAAACUUCUACAGUUAUUAUCCGA